AUGACGGCUACUACUGCAGAGCAUGUUGUAGAUGAUGUUCAACAACAGAACAAUGAAACUGUGUUGAAACUUGCACUAGCCUUUCUUUCCAUUCGUGAUCUAUUGGCAGUCUCGGCGGUCAACCAUCAUUUUCUGAAACAUGUACGCAGUCGGAACGAUGUUUGGGUCUGUUUCUAUCAAGAAUUUGAAAGCUACCAUUCAUUUCCGUGUUUAGGAGGCGCAUUAUCUGAAGUCCAUCGCCUGAUGAUGAGAAUUCCGCCUCGAAUGCAUGGUGACAAGAUUGUCCCAGACUCGUUUCGGUUGCACCCGUUGGACAGCGCAGCAAGGCAACAUGACGAUGACGAUGAUUGGGGUCCCUUGUUGUAUUGUAUGGAGUGUGGCACUUGUCCAUAUUGGAAUAUUGAUGAUGAAUCUGGAGAGCUCCUAGACAUCUUUUUUCGUAUGGAAGGGGCCUUCCAUCAGGAACAUUUGUAUUUGCCCAGAGAUUUUCCUGUAUUCUGUGAAGAUUGCAAGGUUUGGCUGUAUUCGACGGAACAUCUCAUUGAGCACUGCAAAUCAGACGCCCAUUUGUUUGCAAGGGAACCUCGCCUUCUUGAUCCACGUUGUAAACAAGGUUUUCAGGAACUGAGUGCUUUUGAAAGGACCAAGGCGCUGACCAUCUAUCCAUUAUCAGUGUAUGCAGUAUUCCGAGAGAUUACUAUGAGUCCCAGCAGUCAGGAAGAAAUUGACGUGAUCACAAGCAACAUUCAGCGCUUGAUGCGAAGGGUCGUAACACAGAUAUUUGGUCCGGAAGAUUACGAUCCUGAUGUUGUAUCUGAUUGUUGCACCAGCGAUGUCAUUUCAGAAUUCUGCAUUGAUUUCGUAACAGAUGCAUUCUUUUCCGGUCAUGAGUAUGCUUUCGUGAUCCUCUAUGGAGGGUGGCAACCGGAAUCCUUCGAACAUCAUGGCUUGGGCAUCUAUCUCCGUACUCGAACUUUCGAAUACCUCCUCUCAGACUUUUUUAUGAAUGAUUGGUGCGAAUCGUCACUCAGUCAAACUAUCUGCAUGUCGAAUUUCGAUGUGUUCGGAAUGUAG